AUGCCUUCGGUGGCUCAAGCACUCGGGCCUCUGAGCACUCAAGCUAUCAUCAUAGACCACUCCUCAACCUCCCCGGGCCACCUGUUCCUCUCCCGCCCAAUCUUCGCUCCUUUGCUCUUCCCCAACGAAUCUUCCGACGCCCGCGACCACUGUGCCAACGAAAGGACUUUCCUCUCAUGGCUUCGACUGAGCAUCUACAUGUCCGUCGUCAGCGUGGCCAUUGUCAUAUCUUUCCAUCUUAAAUCUCAGCCCACCAGCAUUGAGAAACGGAUAGCAUUGCCCGUAGGACUGAUUUUCUGGUUCCUGAGUGUCGCUUGCCUGGCUAGUGGGUUUGCGAAUUAUGUCAAGACUGUUACGAAAUAUUCGCGGAGACAAGCGUUGGUACAGAGUGGGUGGAAGACACAAGUCGUCUUCACCAUCGUAUCAUGCGCAAUAGUAGCAGCUUGUGUACUGUUCCUAUCUACUAACGCUGCGUCAAGCCGAUGA